UCCUAAGAGGCAGCCUUAACUCAAAAUAAGAGGGUGUUUUGUAACUGUCUGUCUGGCCCGCGGACUCCUCCUCCGCCUAACUGUCAGUAGCAACGUUCUGGUCCCGUUUGCCUUGUGCUAGCAAAUACUGUAGCAGAUUUUUUUUUGUGAAAGUGUUACGAAGAGCCAACAAAGGGGUUGGCUCUUUAUACCCCGUCCUGUCUACCACUAAAUUGUUGUUCGGAAAUGUAUAGGGCUGGUGGUUGCAAUUAGCCAAGUUAUCGUUACAUUUGCGAGAGGUUACAUUUGACAGCUCGCCACCUGGGACAGGGAGCUUUGCCUCUGCCUUACCCAUGAUGGCGACCCAAGAAGCGGACAUGUCGCGGCGCAGUAUGAGGCUGGUUUUAGGGGGAUACUACCACCAGUCAUCAGACGAUGAUGAGUCCUCCUCAGUUUCCUACAGGGAGAGCCCCGUGAGGGUUUUUACUAAGAGGAAGACAGGUGGUCGUAAAGUGGCGGACUCUCGUACCUCCAGCCGGGCCAACAGCGUGGCUAGCACGGCUAGCAGCAAGGGUAGUACAGUGGAGCCACCCAUCAAUGCUGAGGACUAUAUUGGGGUCUCAAGCUUGGUUCAGAGAAGGAAGACCUUCCAGGAACCUCUUGCCCCAGCCCCCAGCCUGAACCAGGCUCCCAGCCCCAGGGGCUUCUCGUCCUGCCAGACCGGCCUGAACCAGGCCCAGAGCCAGAGCAGCGCCAUGGACAGCUCUGGUUACUCCUCUUCAGAGGCAAGACGUUACAGAGGAUACUCUGGAGACUCCUCCUUAGGCGAACAAAGGGCUAGCGCCAGCCAGAGAUCUGGCACUAACAGGACAAGUGCUAGUGCCAAUUGGACCCCUCCGUUUAUCCCGGCCGAUGUGGGGAAGGCCAUUCUAAUUGCCAUCCUCCUCAUCCUAUUGACCUUCGGCUGCUGGCUCCUUGCCCCCUUGGUAUGGGCCACUCUGACUUCAGCCCUGAAUGCUAUCACUAUGACCCUGAACCGAUCUGUCAUCACCCCAACUCCGCCACCUGUCUUCACUACGCCACCUGUCAAGGCUAUGGAUGGAGCUUCGGUAUUGCAUUCUGCUCUGGAAGCCAAGAUGAACACCAUCCUGAGAGAGAUUGAAAUUCUUAAGAAGAAGGAACACCAGCAGAAAUUUGUAACCGAGAUGGUAGAGCGACUGCAGACAGACUUGGCAGACGUGAGAACAGACAUGAGGGACGUGAGAGUGAGAGUGGACAGUGUGAAUCCACUGGAUUGGGAGCAUCGUUUGAGCGAGCAGACAGCCGGCUUCAUCAGUCAGGUGGGCGAGCUGAAGGACCAACACACACACGUCAAGCAGCGAGUCGCUGCCCUGGAGGACCAGAGUGCCACGCUGGGGAAGCAGGUCUACUCUGUUCAGAACCAGCCUCCUCCAGCUCCCAACCCCACCACAGCCAACACACACCUGACCCCUGAGCUUGAAGAGGCCAUGGCCAAAUGGCUGCAUGAGAAUGUGCCCCAGAAUGAGCCACGGAUGGUGAAAGAGGUUGUGAAGAACUGCAGUCCCCUAUUGGCUGACAGGAUGCCAGACUUUGCCUUGGAGUCCCAAGGUGCCAGUGUUGUGAGCACACGGUGUUCCGAGACGUACCGUACCCGCUCGGCAUGCGUGUCCUUCCUGGGUGUACCCCUCUGGUACCCCUCUGAGAACCCCCGCACUGUUAUCCAGGGUCAGGCGGUGCAAGCUGGGAAGUGCUGGGCGUUCUACGGAGCGCAGGGCACCCUGGUCAUCGCCCUAUCUCAUCCUGCCCACAUCACCCACGUCACACUGGAGCACCUCCCGGUCUCCAACGCGCCCACCGGACGCAUCGACAGCGCGCCCAAGGCCUUCUCUGUCUACGGUAUGUCCACUGAGACAGAAGACGGCACCUGCCUGGGAACCUUCACUUAUGACCAGCACGGAGGGGCAAUCCAGACCUUCCAACUGCCUAAUCCUACCAGGGCCAUCUAUUAUUUCGUGGAGCUGCGCGUUCUGAGUAACUGGGGUCACCUGGAGUACACAUGCGUGUACCGCUUCCGUGUGCACGGACACAUGGCCUCCUCCUCCAAGUGAGAGACGUUCAUCGUCCACCUCAACCGCAGACCUCCGAGGCUUCGCUUUCAUAUCAGAGCAACGUUCUUUUUGCAUCUCAACAUUAUGACGGACCAUUCUAAAUAAAUGUCUUUAUUUGGCGUAAUCAGGAUGGCUUCCUAAACUGGCUUCUGCCAGGUGUGAGGUCAGAGGUCUGCAAGGUUUUGUUACAAUUUGCAGUUUCAUUUCUGGCAGAGGUAUUGACCUGGCUAAUAGGAGUGUGGGGAUGGGUUUUUGAGAGUUUCAAAUUGAACUGUGUGUGUGUAUGCUUUUUAGCAUUGAUUAUUUGUUUGCAUUUUAACGCCCGGCCAUAGCGGACAAAGAUUUCAGAUUGUACUUUGAAUGUGUGUUUGUGACAAUCCCUCCUGGGUUACUGGGCUCUUAUUGUUUAAUUUCAUCUGUCUUAAAAUGAUAUACAAAGGUUUAAUUAUGGUUAAAAAGAACGUUGUUGGAUGUAUAUAUUGCAAGAAUCAAGAUGUAUUGUUCAUUAUUUUAUUAGUCCGAUAAGAAUAGGAUGUAAUAUGUUUGUAAAUGAUUUUUCCGUUGGCCUGAAUGGUUAAGUCUCGACCCACCUUGCCAAUAGGCUUCCUAUUACAGGAUGAACUAUA